AUGGCCACCAAAAGUCCUACAAAAUCCACUUCGUCUAAAUUAUUAAAGUCCCCUAGUCAUGCGAAUGUUGGCGACAAGAAAGAAGGCAAGGGCAAAGGGAAGAACAAAGAAAAAGCGGACAAUGAUCAAGAAGAGAGGGAAGGGGCAUUAGCCUUCAAGGUCCUGUCAGAACAGAAAACAAGAGAACUCCUUGAGGUAGAAACUGUGGAGGAAGUGCAAUCAAAACUAGUUGAGAUAUUGGAUCUGCCAAACUAUGAGAUUGAUCUGAAAGAAGCUGCAAUACUAGACUACUGUGUAUCAGCAAUAUGGUGGGGCAGGGAACAGAAAUUCACAAUCCAGCAACUCUCUGGCAUGUUUACUGUAGUCCACACUCUGCUGGAGAACAUAAAAGAGAGGCAUCUGACAGUGGUAGAAAACAUAUGUGAAUACAAAAAGAUGUUGGUUGGCAUUGGGCAAGAGAGCCCUGAGGAGACUGGAGGGUUGAACUUCUUUGAUAUUUCACAAGCAGCUACUCUCAAUGAAUACCUUUAUUCUAGUCUAUUUCAACACUACAAGUUAUAUGAGUUCAUGUUCACCACAACACAAGCUGAGGAGAUCAUAGGAACAGAUCUUGAGAUUGAGGUGGCGCUGCCAUGUACUAUGCCAUGGCCCCCACCCCUGGAUGAGGGAGUCAGUGAAGAGAUGUAUGACACAUAUAUCACUCAGCCUACACCACCUCCCACUGCCAUGACUGAACAAGGAUCAGUGACACCACUAGAUGGCGAACCAGGGGCUGCUGAAGGGGGAGAGACCACUGGAGCAGAAGGUGGCCCUGAUGAUGGCAAACUACAAGAUCUCCUUGCCACUGUUACUCCAGAUGAAAUUAAAAGCAUAAUGGAUUCAGUUGCCUCACAACUGUUUGGUGGUCUUACAACUGAAGUUGCUGGAAAAUUACGGGAGAAGGAGAAUGCUUUCAUCAACAGAAUAAACAAAAUACAUAAAGUGGCUGAUACCUAACUGAACUCGGAAUACUUGUACAUAUGUAUAAAGUGUAUAUAAAGGAUGUAUAUAAAGCAUGUAUAAAGUGUAUAUAAGGAAGGAUCCAUAUUUAAAAUGGAUAAACUGACAAUUCCAAAAGUACUGUGAUAAAAAUCGAUACAGAUCACUGAGAUCAGAUCAGAUAAGAUAGGAAUGGCCUACACAAGGAG